AUGAGCACCCCCGACAGCACGGACAGCAAAGCUGCCACCUUGAGUGGUGACAAUGACCUAGUUCAUGACAGAUUCAACCACGCAAACAAUUUGACGACGGCAGAGGAAUUGAACAACGAAAAGGAUGCACUCGACGCAUCAUUGCCCGUCGAUCUGGCCACCAGCGAAGCCGCCGACAACACCACAUACCCGUCAGGACUCAGGCUUUUGGCUAUAGUGGGUGGUCUCCAACUUGCUGUUCUCUGCGUCUCACUGGACAACACCAUCAUCGCUACAGCGAUUCCCAAAAUUACAGACCAAUUCCAAGCCUUGUCAGAUGUUGGCUGGUACGGCUCUGCAUACUUGCUUACAUUUUGCGGCUUCACCCUCUUCUUGGGCCGCCUCUACAAAACUUUCAGCGUGAAAUGGGUCUUCCUACUUUGUCUAUUCUUUUUCGAACUCGGAUCUCUCAUAUGCGCCGUGGCACCUAACUCGGUUGCCCUGAUUGUCGCCCGUGCUAUUGCAGGUAUUGGCGGAGCGGGAAUCUUCUCUGGCUCGUUGAUUAUCCUGGCAUUCACAACACCACUCGACAAGCGUCCCAUUUACACGGGCCUUUUUGGCGCGGUAUAUGGCAUUGCCAGCAUUGUUGGGCCGUUACUCGGAGGUGCCUUUACCGAUCAUGUUUCAUGGAGAUGGUGCUUUUAUAUCAACCUGCCCUUUGGCGGUAUAACUGCUGCUUCGAUUUUGCUGUUCCUUAGGUUGCCGGAAAAGGAAGCCGAUCUUACGCAGGAAAAUCCCGGUUUGCUUCGGAAGAUCAAGAGUUUUGACCCUAUUGGCACGCUUCUAUUCUUGCCUAGCGUCAUCUGUAUUCUUCUCGCCUUGUUCUGGGGAGGAACCACAUAUCCAUGGAGCAACGGUCGCAUCAUUGCUCUACUAACCCUUUUUGGUGUCCUCUUGAUUGCCUUUGCCGUCGUCCAGUAUUUUGUGGGCGAAGAUGCUACCAUACCAGGACGUAUCAUAAAACAGCGCAGUAUUGCGAGUUCGGCAUACUUUUCUAUGUGCGUUGGCGCGGCAUUCUUUGUCAAUAUUUACUAUAUCCCCAUCUGGUUCCAGGUCGUUCGGGGUACUUCUGCUACUACAGCUGGCGUGAAUACGUUGCCGCUACUCAUCUCGUUCACUUUAGGAGCGACGAUUGCAGGAGGAGUGGUGACAAAGCAGGGCUACCCUGCUCCAUUCAUGUAUGGGCUGACUGUCAUUGGCUCUAUCGGUGCUGGGCUUCUAACCCUUUACUCGGUUGACAUCACGACUGGCAAAUGGGUCGGCUAUCAGAUUGUUUUCGGCGUCGGUAUUGGAAUCGGCAUGCAACAAACGAUUAUCCAGGCACAGGCCGUUCUUCCUCUCACCGACGUGCCCAUUGGGACAUCAAUCAUUAUUUUUGCUCAGAUGUUUGGCGGCAGCCUUUUCAUUAGCGUUGCUCAAAAUGUCUUUGCCACCAAGCUUAUUGAGGGUCUUAGAGGUAUACACAAUCUUGGUGUCGAUCCUCAGACAAUUGUUGAUGCCGGAGCGACGGCUGCACCAUCAAAGUUGGGAAUCACGGAUCCCGCAGUAUUGGAACAGCUCAAACAUGUAUACAAUGAGGCCAUUGUAGGAACAUUUAGGGUGGCGCUCAUUACUACGUGUCUGAGUGCGCUGGGACUUAUCUUCAUGGAGUGGAAAAGCGUCAAGGACAGUCAAAAGGCCGAAGAUCAGACUGACGCUGAAACUGGCACUACCCAAUAA